ACUACACACCACGCCUCGCCUCGCGCGACAGCUCGAGCUCGUUUUAUCAAUCGGACACGCAGCAGCAGAAGACGAGAUGAUCGUCCAAGUGCUCGGCGUACUGCUGCUCGUCUGCGCUUUGUACCACUAUUACACGCGAUGGACGAGAAUCGGGAGACACCUGAAAGUGAUACCCGGACCGACGGUCUGGCCUAUCGUCGGCUGCCUGCCACGCUUGCUCGUGCCAAUGGAGCAACACUGGGAUAACGUCAUGAAAAUGGCCAACGAGUUCUAUCCCAUCUUCAAGCUCUGGGUCAUGCACGUGCCGGUCGUCGUUAUAAUGACCGCCGAAGACGCCGAGGUACUGCUGAGCAGCUCGAAGAACAUCGUGAAGGCGAGUGUGUACGAUUUUCUCCACGGCUGGUUCGGCACCGGCCUGCUGACCAGCGCCGGCGCCAAGUGGAAGCAGAGAAGGAGGAUCCUCACGCCGGCCUUUCACUUCAACGUCCUGAAGAGGUACGUCGACAUCGCCAUCGAGAACGACGAGAAGACCCUGCAGCAGCUCAAGUCCCUGGGCAAAUCGUCCGAGCAGCAGCUCGUGCCGUUUCUCACCAACUUUACGCUCAAUGUCAUUUGCGAGGCGGCCAUGGGCACGGCUUUGGCAGGAAAAGAAAAAUUACAGAAAGACUACAAGCAGGCCGUUUUGGACAUGGGCGACACGUUCAUUUACAGACUUCUGAGGCCGUGGUUGAGACAAGACUGGGCCUUUUACAUUACGAGCGAGGGUCGUAAGCAAAAACGAGCUUUAGAAUAUUUACACCGAUUCACCUCUAAUAUUAUUAAAGAGAGAAUGGAUUACCAUGAAAAGACAGGCGGCCAGUUUCUGAAAAAUUUGAACGAAGACGAGGAGUCCUCGGAGGUCAAGGAAGUUUUUGGACUGAAGAAGAAGCGCUUGGCUAUGCUCGAUCUGCUGAUAGCGGCUUACAAAGAGAGCGGCGAUCAAAUCGACGAGGAAGGCAUACGCGAAGAAGUUGACACAUUCAUGUUUGCGGGACACGAUACAACUGCGAUGGGCAUGACUUUUGCCCUGCUUCUAAUUGCCGAACACAAAGAUGUUCAGGAACGAAUCAGACAAGAAGUGACCGAAGUUCUGCAAGAGCACGACGGGAAAAUGUCAAUAACGGUACUGCAGCAGCUGCACUAUCUCGAAAGGUGCAUAAAAGAAUCGCUCCGAAUAUAUCCCAGUGCUCCUUUCGUAUCGCGCAGAUUAAUCGAAGACGUGAAACUCGAAAAGUAUACCAUUCCCAAAGGAAUAAGUCUUGAAGUACGAAUCAUAGAUAUUCACCGAGACCCCAAACACUGGGAGGAUCCGUUGAAAUUCGAUCCCGAUCGAUUUUUACCCGAAAGAUCGCAGGGAAGACACAACUUUGCCUACAUACCUUUCAGCGCUGGCCCGAGAAAUUGUAUAGGUCAAAAAUUUGCCAUGCUCGAAAUGAAGACAUUCAUAUCACUGAUCGUCAAGGACUUCGAGCUGGACAUAGUUGACUUUAUGGCCCAUCAAGUGCCAUUGUUGCCGGAUAUAGUCAUCCGACCGGGAAAGCCUAUUCACAUUAAAUUUACACGUAUCGACGAGAAAUGAACUUUGUAAAUACAACAUCUAGGAUAAAUAUAAAUUAAAUAAUGCUUUUUGAUAUAUCAAUUAAAGUCGAUGAAUGCGCUGUUAAUUUUUUUAUAUAAACGGCCGAUUCUCUGUGAAGUCGAAUGGCCAAAAAAAUUUUUUUUUUUGCAAAUAUG